CAUUCUCAUUCCAUCAUUCCAUUGCAGCAAUGUUGUCUUCUUCUUCAUCUUCUUCAUCUUCUUCAAUCCUCAUCUUCUUCUCUCUCAUUUUGGUUUUUUCUCCAUGGCUGUCCUCUGCUACUCUUCAACAGAGCUUUCUCCAAUGUCUAAUCUCCAAUUCACAGCCCGAAUUUCCCAUUUCUGACGCCAUUUUCACUCCCAACAACUCUUCCUUCUUACCCGUCCUCAAUUCCUACAUUAGAAACCUCAGAUUUCAAACACCCACAACCCCAAAACCACUGGUAAUCAUCGCAGCCAAACACCGAUCCCAUGUCCAAUCAACCGUUAUUUGCGCCAAACGCGUUGGCUUACAGAUCAGAAUCCGCAGCGGCGGUCAUGAUUACGAAGGUCUCUCUUACGUCUCCCAACAACCCUUCAUCAUCCUCGACCUCUUCAACCUUCGAGCCAUCAAUGUCGACAUUCCAACCGAAACUGCAUGGGUUGAAGCAGGGGCUACCAUGGGGGAGCUGUAUUACGCCAUUGCUAAACAGAGCAAGGUCCAUGCCUUCCCUGGAGGCAUUUGCCCAACGCUGGGAGCUGGUGGGCAUAUUUCAGGAGGUGGGUAUGGGAAUAUGAUGAGGAAAUUUGGGCUUUCCGUUGACAAUAUUUUGGAUGCAGAAAUUGUAAACGUUGAAGGGAAGAUUCUAAAUAGACAACAAAUGGGUGAAGAUUUGUUUUGGGCGAUUCGUGGUGGAGGAGGAGGGAGCUUUGGAGUCAUUCUCUCGUGGAAGAUCAAAUUAGUUCAAGUCCCAUCAACUGUGACGGUUUUUGAUGUUGAGAGAAAGAUUGAAGACGGAGCAACAGAUGUUGUUUGGCAGUGGCAGAAUGUUAUGGACAAGCUGGAUGAGAAUCUGUUUAUAAGAUUGAUGUUGCAUUCAUCCAAAGGGAAAAAUGGGCAAAAAACAGGGAAGGCUACGUUAGUUGCUCUGUUUCUAGGGCCAUUGGAGAAGCUUAUGGAGAUUAUAAAUCAGAACAUACCCAGUUUGAAAUUACAGAAAGAAGAGUGUAUUGAAAUGAACUGGAUUGAAUCGGUUCUGUUUUGGGCGAAUUUCGAAAAUGGGACAGCUCCAGAAGCGCUAUUGAAGAGGGAAACCCCAUCUGUACAAUAUCUGAAACGAAAAUCAGAUUAUGUGAGAGAACCCAUUUCAAAGGAAGGGAUUGAAGCUAUAUGGAAGGCGAUCAUGGAGACGGAAGAAGUGGGUUUGACAUGUAACCCUUACGGAGGGAGAAUGAGCGAGAUUUCAGAGACGGCGACGCCAUUUCCACACAGAGCAGGGGUGAAAUUCAAAAUGCAAUACUCAUCAAACUGGAAGGAAGGAGGGGAUCAAGAGGCAAAAGAGGAGAUGGAGUUGGCGAGAAGAUUGUACGAAGCGAUGACACCAUAUGUGACGAAGAAUCCGAGAGAAGCGUUUCUGAAUUACAGAGACAUUGAUGUAGGAAGUAGCAGCCAUUGGAGUUUGGAAGAAGGAAGGGUUUAUGGGGAGAAGUACUUCAAAGGAAAUUUUGAGAGAUUGGUGAAUGUGAAGACGAAGGUUGAUCCUCAAAAUUUCUUCAGAAAUGAACAGAGUAUCCCCACUCGUUAAUUUCUUCUUGUUGAGGAUGAAUGGAUGGAUAUGGUCAUCUUCAUAUAUUCAUAUAAACUUUAGCUUUCUUAGUUAUGUUUUUUCUCGCUAUUAAUAAUUUAAU